UAUGAUAGAACAACAACUAGGUAUAUGAAAUGUUUCGCUUAGUUUUGCCAGAGGCUCAAAACAAACCCGGAUAACACGAGGAGUAGCGCGAGGACCGAGACAAGCAGUUCGGUUCACCUUUGGAUUUCCCCAAAUUGUUGUAGGGGGCUAUCACUUUUCAUUGAUGAAUCUUGGAAUAAAAGAGCACAUGCGAGAGUGUGAGUACAGUCAGAUCAGCACUUCCAGCUCAACACCAAUGGAGUCCCCACAUAAGAAAAGGACUCUCAAGAGGAGGUGGGAAGUCUUCCCAGGUCGGAAUAAGUUUUAUUGCAAUGGGAGGAUUAUGAUGGCAAGGCAGACUGGUGUCUUCUAUUUAACUCUUGUGCUCAUCGUUGUCACCAGUGGACUCUUCUUCGCAUUUGACUGUCCGUUCCUGGCAUCCACACUCACCCCGGCCAUUCCCGUGAUUGGGGGUGUGCUGUUCUUCUUCGUCAUGGGCACUUUGCUGAGGACCAGUUUCAGUGACCCUGGGGUUCUGCCCAGAGCCACGGAUGAUGAGGCUGCGGACCUGGAGAGACAAAUAGACACUGUGAACGGCACAUCCACAGGAUAUCGGCCUCCCCCGAGAACGAAAGAAAUCAUCAUCAAUGGGCAGACAGUGAAGCUCAAGUACUGCUUCACAUGCCGAAUCUUUCGACCGCCACGUGCCUCUCACUGCAGCCUUUGCGACAACUGUGUAGAGCGAUUUGACCACCAUUGUCCUUGGGUGGGCAACUGUGUGGGGAAGAGAAACUACAGGUUCUUCUACAUGUUUAUCCUCUCACUGUCGUUCCUAACAAUCUUCAUCUUCUCCUUCGUCCUUACACACGUUGUCCUACGAUCCCACAGCGCUGGCUUUCUCACCGCACUCAAAGACAGUCCAGCCAGUGUGCUGGAGGUGGUGGUAUGCUUUUUCUCUGUAUGGUCAAUUGUAGGUCUCUCUGGCUUCCACACUUACUUAAUUGGAUCCAAUCAAACCACCAAUGAAGAUAUAAAGGGGUCUUGGUCAUCAAAAAGAGGAAAGGAAAAUUAUAACCCAUACAGUCAUGGGAACAUAUUUACCAACUGCUGUGCAGCCCUCUGUGGUCCUUUCCCACCUAGUCUCAUUGACAGAAGAGGCUUUGUUGUGCCAGACAUGGUCCAACCUACACCACCCACCAAUGGUGUCACUAUGUAUGGUGCCACUCAGUCCCAGAGUCACAUGUGUGACCAAGACCAGUGCAUUCAGAGCACCAAAUUCGUUUUACAGGCUGCUGCCACACCCCUCCUGCAGAGCGAGCCCGUCGCCAUAGUGGACGAAUCCUCUCUUCCUGGAAGGACGUUGACGGGAAGUCCACGUGCCUCACUGCCUCUGGGCCAACCCACGCCACCAACAUCUUCACCAAACCUCACCUGUGAGUCAGAGUUGCUGGGUCAUGAAGCACCAGAGACCUACCCCCACCUUCUCACACCCGAGGAGGCCCCUUCACCCCCAGGCAUGCUUCCCUGUGGUAGCCCUGUGGGCCACGGCCACAACGUACCCUUCUAUAACCCCGCCAAUCAAGACUCAUUGCAUGAGGACUCCAUCAGAGGCUUGGUCAAAUUAAGCUCCGUCUAAGUGGGUACGCACUUCCACGACAUCAUUCGUCCAGGCCUAAAAACUGUAACUCUCCACUCAAAUCUCUUGUGCCAAAAGCAUGUGUGUGCUCACCUCAGCCCUCCAUCCCUUAAAAAAAAAAAACAUGGUGAGCUUUGGUAUUCUCCCUGAACCUAAUGUUCUUUGGUACCUUCGGGGCUUAAACUUAAGCCUAAGUGUUGCCAAACCUCCCUCACAUGCUGGUGGCACUGAACUCUGCACGGGUGGCACUGAUGAAACUUCACGUUCCAAUCACUGUUUAGAAGAUGCACAGUCCACGGCUCUGCUGAGUGGCUCGUUGAAACAAAAAGGGCUGUUGCCAAGCGACACAAGCGUACCACUCAGGAAGUGGUAGUACAGUUCUUCCUGAGCCUGUCAGGGAAAAGCUGCUUUUCAGUGUGUGUCUUAGGCAGAGCUCUUGUUUUGUUUUGGACACAACUCUGUCUGGAGAUCACUGUUUGACCAUGUCUUUUUGCCUUUAUUAUCUCUUCUUGUGUUUCUUGUUGAUCAUGUUUCAUAUCAUUUGAUUAAUCUUUUGUAUAAAUUCCAUAUUUGAAAAUAAUAAGAUAUUAUGUUGUGCUAUACCAAGGG